UUGCCAACACACGGCUCACCCAUUACGGGUUCUUGCCCAGUCACGGCUCACCCAUUACGGGUUCUUGCCCAGUCCUGGCUCAUCCACUACGGGGGUCUUGCCAACUCACGGCUCACCCAUUACGGGUUCUUGCCCAGUCACGGCUCACCCAUUACGGGUUCUUGCCCAGUCACGGCUCACCCAUUACGGGUUCUUGCCCAGUCCUGGCUCAUCCACUACGGGGGUCUUGCCAACUCACGGCUCACCCAUUACGGGUUCUUGCCCAGUCACGGCUCACCCAUUACGGGUUCUUGCCCAGUCACGGCUCACCCAUUACGGGUUCUUGCCCAGUCACGGCUCACCCAUUACGGGUUCUUGCCCAGUCACGGCUCACCCAUUACGGGUUCUUGCCCAGUCACGGCUCACCCAUUACGGGUUCUUGCCCAGUCACGGCUCACCCAUAACGGGUUCUUGCCCAGUCACGGCUCACCCAUUACGGGGUCUUGCCAACACACAACUCACGGCUCACCCAUUACGGGGUCUUGCCCACACACAACUCACGGCUCACCCAUCAUGGGGUCUUGCCCAUACGGCUCACUCAUCAUGGGGUCUUGCCCUUAUACAAGGUAA